CUCUACACUGACCUUCACCACCUUUCAUCGGCUACAUGUCCAUCUCAUCGAACUCGCUCAAAUAUACCGCUGGCUCAAAAGACCUAUGCACAUACGUGAAGUGCAAUAAGCCGGGAGAACUGCGCAAGUGCUCUAAGUGCCAGCUGGCCUGGUACUGCUCCCGCGACUGCCAAAAGGCAGACUGGCCGGAGCACAAGAAGACGUGCAAAGACCAUUUCGCGAACAACGGAACACUGGACCCUCUCUUGAAGUGGGCCGACAAGUGGCGUGUCGCGCUCGAGGCGUGGGGUGCGUUCGCGUUGAAUGCACUGAAUCGAGGGGACGCGACGAUGCAGACGUUCCUUGUGGACAAUAGUUUCUUGAUUGAAAUAGUGAGAAAUAAGGACACGAAAGAGAGCAGUAAUGUCCGACGGCAGUACUUGCUCAAGUCUUCCGGCUUCUACCCCGACACCACCAUCCGCAACAUGCUCGCCAACGCCGCCGGCCCACCCGACUAUCCGCGCAGUAUCUGCGCACAAUUCGACGGUGUCAAAGCGCGAGCCAAUAGCACAGCUUUGCGCAUGACAAUCGUCUGCAGAGGCGGACCCUACAUUACGGACGACGGCACAGCUGUCGAUGACCAGGAUAUCUACAUGAUGUUCUUGCAAGUCGUAUCCCAGAUUGGGUCGCUCGACAUCAGGGGGAAGAUCACGGACGUGCUUAUGAGGGAUCUUGGACCCAACAAGCAAGUGGCGGCGAAGUUGGCAGAGGGCUACGAGAAGGAGCUGGCGAAGUGCUUGAGGGAUGGGAAGGUGGACGGAUACAAGAAAUACUACGACUCAGUACGAGAGAAGUUCCCACCUAAUCCCCCGAGGCCAGAAUUGCUAGGAGCGUUCGCAACACCUAUCUCAGCGGAUAUGGCUGCGAGCCUGCAGAGAAAUUCGACCCCCAUCCCGCCGGAGGUGCUAGCGGGCUUGCAGAGGAUGAUGGCAGGGCGAUAAACACGGUGAGGCGCGGAGUGGAGGGGGUAAGGUAGAGUUUAUCUGCGGAAGUUAACAACCUGUAAUCGCAUACUUAUAUCGUCUGCACGCAAGUUACCGGCGGAGCCGCCCUGUAUAUGAUCAUUGCGACCGCUCCUUUGCUUCCAUUGCACUCGAGCAGACCUGGGCGAUCGCAAUGACCGAGAGCUGUCCGUGCGAAUUGGGCGGGACGGUGGGACGUGGGACUUCAGCUGUGGUGAGGGUCGUGAGUCGAGAAAUGCACGCGACGGCUUACCGCAUCUGCUCGAGGACGACAUGAACGAGAUCUCUUCCCCAACCCUGACCCAGGAAGAGGAGUAC